UACCGCCUCCGCCAAGAAGCUCUCGAACAAGUGGACCGGGAGGAGAAAAAAAUAGCAGCAGAAAUUCGAGAUUUGGCCGAAUCUCAUGCAAAAGAUUUGGAUAGAAUGGAGGACGUAAAUAUGACGCUGUACUCCGAGCUAGAGCAAGUGAAAGAUGAAAAGCGAGAAGUCGAGGCCGAAAAAAGAAUAAUAGAAGAAGAGAGGGAUCAAUAUGCUUCCUUGUGGGAAGAAGCCCACGAGGAAGCAUAUCAAUACAAAAAAAAAGUGGCCGAAUAUAAAGAAAAGGCCGUCGAAUAUAAAAAAAAAUAUAAAGAGCUUUUAAAUGAGCGAAACGGCCUUAAGAUCGAAAUCGCAAACAUGAAGCUCGAUUAA